UAUAAAUGGACGGUAUGACUCAAACUGACAAUACCAGCGUUCAAUCGCCAUCAAGUGAAGUCUACAAUGCGGUUCUCGGUUCUAAUAGUCGUGUUUGUGCUUCAGGUGCAUACUUUAAUGGCCAUAUUGACUCAUUUGGCGGCCAUUAAAGGUAGACUUAUUAAUUCUACCGGGAAUGCAAUCAGUAAGGCCGGCUCAACGAUGUAUAAAUUGGGAUCUCUAGUUGAGAUUUUUGGCGACACACAGCAGCAAACUUCACCACCUGAGGUAUUGGACCCUUUUCAUAAUCUAAAUGACUUUCCCUAAGAGUUAUUAAGAGAAUUAAAUACAGUAAAGAAAGCUAUUUCCACCCUCUGCUAUGCGGAUUUAGUCCCUUAUAUUAAAAAUAAAUUACCUUCAAUUUUGAAUUCCA